GCGCUGGUCACCCACAUCGGUGCACUUCGAUGUCGGGUCACUGGUCGUACGCUUGGACGUGAGGGCUGAUUGUUCUGGGAUGCUUCUCCAACGCUUGUCCGCUCUGUUUCUCAUGAAGAGCACGGGCAUCACGGGUACCUCCGUACGACGAUCCAUCAUCGGAGGUACUCCCCAUGUACGGCACUUCCCCUAAACACUAUGCCUGGUGCAUACAAGGUGUCAGCCGCCCCGUCGAUAGUAAGCCCACCUGGCGGCGGUCGACGUUCGCGUCGUGUUCUACUCAGGCUCGUUCCCCUUCCCUGCCGCGAAACACCAUGCUAGGGAAGAGGUGGAAGAGUCAACGCCUCUCUGGUAAAGUCACCUGUCAGGGACGGGUGACUCGGAUUGUGCGGAGUAGGGCAUGGCGCAUUGCAAGGCUGAGCUUUCAACUGCGCGCACCGGGAUCUGCCAAUGCAGCUGAAUGAACUGUCUGGUGCGCCUUCACAUCACCUCAUGCUCGCUGACACUUGUAGAUAUCUCGAGUAGGCCACCCGCCAGUGCGGAAUAUGAGGUGAGCGUGAACGGAUGCUUCUGACCCGCACACGUUACAGCCAUUGUCGCUCGUACCAUAUAGUGUUAUGCAAGAGAUGUCUUAGGUGUAAGCAUCGCGUGGGUUCACGAGACCUGCAUACUUGAAUGUCCAACGUCAGAGGCGUCCAUCGCUACUGAAGUACAAAUACCUACAAACAGAAGUGUAAGCGCUUUCGGUAAGAACGGCGCUUGGGACCUCUGAUUGCGAUUAUCCGAUAAUGGCAGAUGCGCAGUGUUCCACCGUCUCUUUUUUUUUCCUCAAGCAUGUAUAUCCCGCGUAGAUAGUACAGGUGCGGCAGUAUAUAGAGUCAUGUAUCACUGGAUGCCAGCGUCGUUUCCCACCUAAGGGAGUGUUCCACCGUCUCUACUGCAUACCAAUCCAGCAAUCCCUUCAUUACUCAUUGAA